CUUUUUGUAAUAAAUUUUUUAAUAAAUCUAAUUCAACAUCCCAAGGUCAUCACCAUCCCAUUGAAGAACACACAUAAACAAACAAUAAUAACAACAUUAAUAAUUCACAUCUUCAAAUUAAGAAGAAAUAUCCGUCAGUUAUUUUCUUGCGGUGCUUGUUGCUUGUUUACAAAGCUUCACCAGAUCUAGCCCAGGACACACCCUAAUCUGCGGGAAACUUGAAGACAUUGCUGAUCUUCUUUCAAGAUCUAACAGGUCAUGGGUUUCUCUCAGUUGCUCUUCUUCUAUUUGGUUCUCUGUUCCAUGGCGACCACUUUGUUGGCACACGAGACUGAUGAUCGCUUAGCAUUGCUUGGAUUCAAAAAUGGAGUCACAUCUGAUCCUUCUGGAGCUCUUGAUUCUUGGAAUGACACUGUUUAUUUCUGCAACUGGACUGGUAUCACUUGCUCUCACAAGCACAAAGGUAGAGUCACUGCUAUCAACCUCUCCAUGUUGGGCCUGGGGGGCUUCAUAUCUCCCUCCAUCGCCAAUCUUAGCUUCCUCAACAGCAUUGAGCUCUCUCUCAAUAAAUUCUCCAGUGAGAUCCCACAGGAGAUUGGCCACCUGCAAUGGCUGCGGUACCUGAACCUCAGCUUCAAUGCACUUCAUGGCAUCAUCCCUGUGAGUUUGGCCAACUGUUCUCAACUCAGAUUUCUCCACUUGUCAUCCAACCAGCUCAAUGGUUCUAUCCCUGUUGCGCUUGGUGGAACUCUCGACAAGCUAAAGGUGCUGGCUCUAUCUAAAAACAGUCUCACUGGAGUCAUUCCAUCAUCCAUUGGGAACCUUUCUUCUCUAGUUCAACUCUCUCUUAUGUCAAAUAAUUUACAAGGAAUCAUCUCUGAAGAACUCGGCAGGCUGUCAAACUUAGUGCGUUUCCAGGUGGGUGACAAUUCUCUCCAUGGGACAAUCCCUUCAGUUUUGUUCAAUAUUUCAUCUAUAGAUUUUAUAAGCGUCGCAGUCAAUCAGCUCCAUGGGAGGCUACCUUCAACUUUAGGCACCAAGCUUUUCAAAAACUCACAAUGCUUUUACAUUGGUGGUAACAUGUUUAGUGGAACCGUCCCUGCUUCACUGUCCAAUGCUUCUCUUCUUGAGAUUGACAUUUCACUAAACCAGUUUAGUGGGACAGUGCCCCCAAUUUUUUUGGAGGGAUGCAUGGCCUUUAUUAUCUCAAUUUACAAAAAUAAUCAGUUUAAAAGCCAGCGAUGCCAGGGAUUGGAGCUUCAUUGA